AUGUCUGCCUCGGCACAGAGUAGCGCUCUUCUUGCUACCAUCCCGACCGGGACCGUCAGCACUCGCAGCCUGCUGAAGACGAAGAAGCUCGCAGAAGAUAUCAAGGAGGCUCUGCUAUUCGGUCUAGAGGGGCUCUCCCAGUCUGCCGACGCAUUCCCCCCUCUCAAGAGCGCCGUUGGAGGACUGCUUUUCAUCGUGAACCAAAUCGAGCUCGUUUCGAACAACAAGAAUCAGAUACGCGAGAUCUAUGCCCAAAUCGACGGAUACGCGGCUUCGCUCGAGCUCGCGGUUCCAGACGUCACCGCGCUCUCUCCUGCGGGCAAAAACGCCAUCUGUGCAUUCGCCGCGAUUAUCCAGGCUGUGCGCAGGGAUUUGGACAGCCUCGUGCAAGAGAAGUGUUCCUGGCGCUUCCUGCGCGCUAAACGGCAUUCGGCGCGGCUGCAAGCCAUCCUAAGGCAACUGGACCAGGCAGAUGCCUCCUUCACUAGAACAAUGCUCGCGAGUACUGACGUGCAGAAUACGCGGAUACUAAACUGUCAUUGUCCCACGGAGAUCGUAUAA